AUGCCGUCUAAACAACUUUCUGUUAUCCAGGCAAUGCCUUUGAAGUCCGGCUCCCCCGCUUAUGAGGCAUUCAGGACAUCCAUGCUCCAAGAGUUUGGCAGCAAUGUCCCGCAAGAACUGCGUCUCCCGCAACCUCUCAUCGAUAAUCCCCCAAAGGAUGUGACUGGAAUUCCCAGCUCCUGCGGCAUACUGUCAAACGAGGAGCUUGAAAUUACAGAAAACUAUGAUGCUACAGCGCUCGCUGCGGCCAUCGCGUCCAGAAAGUUUACAGCUGUAGCUGUCGUCACCGCGUUUUCGAAGAGAGCUAUUAUUGCCCAUCAGCUUACUUGCUGUUUAACCCAAUGGUUUAUGGAAGAGGCCGUACAGGCUGCCCAACUCCUCGAUAACUACCUUACUGAAACUGGCAAGACCGUUGGCCCUCUGCAUGGCGUACCAAUCAGUAUCAAGGAGCAUAUGCCGAUCAAGAACCAAUGGUCUAGUGUCGGAUUCCUGGCUACUCGCAGAUUGGAUAAAGAGGAUUGUCAGAUGACAGCUAUACUUCGUCAAGCUGGGGCAAUCUUCUAUUGUAAAACUAAUCAACCGCAAGCUAUCAUGCACCUGGAGACUACGUCUCCUUGGGGACGAACGCUUAAUCCUCUCAACAUCAACCUCUCGGCUGGAGGGUCAACAGGCGGCGAAGCUGCUCUUAUAGCUCUACGGGGCUCUGUCUUAGGAGUCGGUACAGACAUCGGAGGGAGUGUCCGUGGACCGGCUGGGUUCUGCGGCAUCUAUGGCCUCAAGACAACGUCUUAUUUAUUUCCUCAGAGAGACUUCUUACCAGGAGGAUUUGCCGCUGAACUCAAUAUCCUCUGCUCAGCUGGGCCGAUGUGCACCACGCUGCGGGACGUUGAUCUCCUUAUGUCGGUCAUCUCUAAUACUUGUCCUUGGUUGAAAGACCCACGCCUUAUUCCUAUUCCGUGGAAUAGCUACUCGGCGGAAAAGAAGUCACUCAAGAUUGGGAUCAUGAUGACUGAUGGUGUUAUUACACCACAGCCCCCGGUGAUGAGAGCACUCAAGUGGGCACUUAGCGAGUUACGCUCUAAAGGGUUCGAUGUCAAAACAUUUCAGCCUUAUCAGACAGAAGAGGCAAUGAAGAACAUUCGUCUUGCCUACUGGCCCGACGGAGGCAAAGCGGUAAAGGGUUACCUUGAAGCCAAGCAAGAGCCUAUGCAUGACUUGACACAGUGGAUUAUCAAGGACGCUGAAGGCCCUGGGCUUGAUACCAGUGGCAUCCUAAAGCUUCGCGUAGCCCGUGAUGAUUUUAGGUGUCGCUUUGCCGAGCACUGGGAGUCUCAAGAUGUUGACUUUGUCAUUUGUCCUGUAUUCGUUGGGCCAGCUUGCUCUCACGAAACAGCUUUUUACUGGAAUUACACAGCCUUUUGGAACUACGUGGACUAUCCUGGCAUCGUCAUACCUACACCUGUCAAGGCUGGCGCAAAAGGAAGCGAGGAUUAUCCAGCGGAUAGUGUCCCUUUGAGCAAGGAUGAGGAACACGUGAGAAUGUUAUGGUCUACAGGAGAUUUCGAGGGAGCGCCUAUCAACUUGCAGAUUGUGGCGAGAAAGUACCAUGAUAAUGAUUUGUUUGCGGCUGCUACUGAGAUUGAUAAGGCCAUUAAUCAUCGCUGAGUGGCAGAGCGAGAAAUAAAUGUUUGUUCUAGGUAGCUGGAUGUGAUUGGUAGAUUAUAACACAACCAGAACAUGAUCGAAUGAACCAAGGGUGCGUAUGUACACCAGUCUCGCCAUCGAA